UUGUAAACAAAUCUUCCGCCAGUUCAACCAGUGCACCACGUUUCCACUGAGGGACAAUUUUACUUUGUAUAAUUUCUCAAUUCUAGAAAAUCAAACAACAGGUUUUUUCGUGUUCAUUAAUCAUAAUAUAAAGUCUACUGACAUGAGUCGAGAUCCUCUUCACAGGAAUCAGUUUGGGGGUCGUGUUGAACCAAUYUUAUUCGAGUCUAUGAGCAGCUCAAAGAAACGGGGCUCCCAAGAACCCAAAACUAAACAUUCUAUUCAAAUGGCUAGCCGUUCAACAGCGUUAUUAUCCAAUGCCUUUAUUGAACUUUCUCAAACGAGGGAUAAUCUAGAAUGUAUCCGUGAAGAUGACGGAGGCCACGCAUCGCARCAGCCUACAACAGCAGAUUUAUUUACAGUCCCCACGAAUCGACAGAAAAGUCGAAACCAWUCGCCUGUGAGUAGCGACUCUAGGUGGGGGUUGGUAGACGACGAAAGCCAAUCUGGCCAUGAAGAUAAAAAAAUGUACAAGAAAAUAUGUGUGAUGAUCUCAGUGGUUUGUUUCAUAUCUAUUGGCGGGUUAUUGUUGACUGCUCUCAUGUUGGUUGGAUUUAUUAGUUCGCCUUCAGGAUGUACGUGUUCUACUAGUAAUCAAGUACCUCGCCAAUCAGAGCUUCAGAAACAAGUCAAAGAAAUGGAUCAGAUGGAAAGAAAUGUGUCAGAGAUAUUAAACACAAUGAGAAAACAAAACGAAGAAUUACAAAGACUGUGGAUUCUCCUCAAAAGUACAAGAGAAGAACUUCAACAMAUGAAACCGACGACUGAGACACCUGUAUCMAUGACAACAGAAGAGACAAAACCAACACAGUCCAGCAGCUUGAACACGACUAAUAUGACCAGCAGUGUCACCCCUAGCAACACACCUUUCGUUGAUCCAAUACAAAUAUCUCUGACGCAACUUUGGGAAGCUCACAAUGAGUCAGUUCAAGAGAUAACGAAACUCAAUAUUGAGGUCCGAAAUAUAAGUCUCAUCCCGGGCCCUAUAGGGCCUACUGGAAGAAAAGGUCCUAGAGGACCCCCUGGAAAACUUGGCCCGAAUGGACGCCCAGGGAAAAAUGGAGCUCGAGGACCUGUUGGACCUCAAGGACCAAUGGGCCUUCGAGGGUACAACGGUACGAGAGGCCCUACUGGCAACCAAGGCCCACCUGGUCCACAAGGACCAAAAGGAAAUCAAGGCCCAGAUGGUCCUCAAGGACCAGUGGGACCUAGGGGAUACAAUGGCUCUAGGGGCCCACCUGGACAACCAGGAGUGACUGGUCCACGAGGGAAUCCAGGAAACACCGGAUCAAGGGGACCCCAAGGACCCCAGGGAUCACAAGGACCUGCAGGACCCCAGGGACCACCUGGUGCAGGGAACUUUAGUCAGUGUGUCUACAAAAGAGCUGAUAGCAGUGGUACUGGGGCAAGCAGAACUGCACAUAAUAGUGUAUUAGUAGCUGAACCAGCU